AUGAGAGGAAAAAAUAAUGCUCAUAUUGUUGGAACUAAUUAUAGAUCAUUAAAACACAAUUAUAAUUUUUCCGGAUUAUCAUUUCCUACGCCUAUUAACGAAAUAAAAAAUUUUGAAAAAAAUAAUGAAAAUACAUCAGUUAAUGUAUAUGGAUUGUCAAUUAUAAAAAAAAAUAAAAGCGGCUGUGCGAAUGAUGAAAAUUUAGUUUAUCCAUUAAGAAUAGCCGAUGAUGAAAAAAGAGAUCAUUUCGAUUUACUGCUAGUGUCCAAUAGUAUUGGCAAUGAUCAUUAUAUGUAUAUAUCAAAUUUUGGGGGUCUAGUACAAAGUCAAAUGACGAAAAAUACUUCAAAAAUGGUUUUUUGCAGAAGAUGUUUUUUGGGUUUUAAUUUCAUUCGAAAAAAAUAUAAACUUUGUGGGUUUGAGGCAUUAAAUGAGCAUAAAAAAAUUUGUGGAGAAAAUAAACCAUUUUUACCAAUAAUGCCGGAGGAGGAGACUACGUUACAAUUCGAUGCUUAUGAAAAAAUGGAGGAACACCCUUUCUCAAUAUACUGUGAUUUUGAAGCUCUAUUAGAAAAAACGGAUAAAAAAAGGGGGUCUGAAACCCGCGAUAUUCAAGAACAUAAACCGAUGAGCUAUGGUUUUUUAGUGAAAGCGGCGAAUAGUGUUCCAAUUGAGGGAAAUAAAAAUAGUCGGUCUGAAGAUGUCGCCGCUCGGUUUGUAAAAGAUGUAUGUGAGGAAGCUGUGAAAAUUGAAAAACUGUUAAAAACAAAUAAUGAAAUUAUCAUAACUGAUAAAGAAACUGAAAUACACGGAUCAAAAACAAAUUGCGAUCUGUGUAACAAUGAAUUUAGUGAUUCGAAUCACAAAGUUGCCGAUCAUGAUCAUUUAAGCGGCAAAUUCAGACAUACAUUAUGCAGCAAUUGCAAUUUAAAAUUGAAAACAGUAUCGUUUGUACCUUGUUUUUUUCAUGGAUUAAGUAAUUAUGAUGCUCAUUUUAUUGUACGCGAAUUAAAUUUUUCGAAACAGCGAAUUUCUUUAAUACCGUCUACCGAAGAAAAAUACAUAAGUUUUUCAAAAUAUGUUUCGGAUAGAUUUAGUGUUAGAUUCAUAGACACGUUCAGAUUUAUGGGCGCCAGUUUGGCUACACUUGCGGACAAUUUACGCUCUGCUGGCAAACAUUUAUUUAAGGAAACAGCGAAAGUUUUUUCGACGGAGGAAAUAGAUUUGGUGACGCGUAAAGGUGUAUAUCCAUAUUCUUUCACGAGUAAUUAUGAUGUGUUGGAAAAUACAGAAUUACCUAGUAAAAAAGAUUUUUAUAACGAAUUGACUGAAUCGCACAUUAGUGAUGAAGAUUAUAUACACGCGCAAACUGUUUGGAAACAUUUUAAAUGUAAAAAUUUGGGGGAAUAUUCAGAUCUGUAUUUAAAAACCGAUGUCCUUAUAUUAGCAGAUAUCUUUUCAAAUUUUAAAAGACUCUGUUUGGAGAAGUAUAGAUUAGAACCUGCAUACUAUUAUACAAGUGCCGGUUUAUCUUUUGACGCGAUGCUGCUACACACAGAAAUAAAAUUAGAACUUAUAUCCGACUACGAAAAACAAAUUUUUAUUUCGAGAGGUAUUAGAGGUGGUAUGACAAAUUCUGUACUUAAAUAUGCUCAGGCAAAUAAUUUGAAAACACCGAAUUAUAACGCCGACGAGCCCAGGUCUGAAAUUAUUUAUUUGGAUGUGAAUAAUUUGUACGGUUGGAGUAUGUCACAAAAUCUUCCGUACGCCGGGUUUAGGUGGAUUGAUGAAGACCAGGAAACCAUAUUGAAAAGAGUGCAGCAGAUGGACGAAGAUUCAGACAUCGGGCUUGCACUGGAAGUAACUAUGUCGUAUCCGAAAGGACUGCAUGAUAUGCACGAUGAAUUGCCUUUUCUACCCGAAAACAAAAUACCCCAAAAUGCUAAAGCCAAAAAAUUGCUUUCAACUUUAGAGACUAAAGAAAACUAUGUCAUACAUUAUUUAAAUUUAAAACAGGCGAUGGAAAACGGACUUAAAGUUGAAAAAGUGCACAAAAUUUUAGAAUUUAAGCAAUCUAAAUGGCUUUCUAAGUACAUUAAAUUGAACACGGAAAUGCGACAAGCGGCUACUAAUGAUUUCGAAAAAGAUUUUUUCAAAUUAAUGAAUAAUUCUGUUUUUGGUAAGUGUAUGGAACGUGUCGAAUUUAGAAAAAAAAUGGAACUCGUGAACGAUCCUACACGUGCUGCCAAAUUGAUUAAAAAGCACACGUUCAACCAUUGUGUUACGUACAACGAAAAUUUAUCCAUAUUUGUAUUAGAUAACAAAAUUAUUCAUUUUACAAAACCGGUGUAUGUGGGAUUCUGCAUACUUGACAUUUCUAAAACGUUGGUGUACGAUUUCCACUAUAAUUAUAUGAAGAAACAUUUUAAAGAUCGAAUUAUGCUAAUGAAUGGUGAUACGGAUUCUUUAGUAUACUAUGUAAUGACUAAAAAUUUUUAUGCGGAGAUCAAGGAAAAACCUGAGUUAAUGGAGCAAUUCGACACGUCGUCGUUACCAAAAGACCAUUUUUGCUAUUCGGCCUCUCGCAAAAAAAUCCCGGGUCUCUGGUCGGACGAGUGUGGUGGGAAGGCCAUACUGGAGUUUGUCAGUCUACGAACAAAGGCGUAUGGUUUUAAUAUCGAGGGGACCGAAAAAAUCAAAGCCAAGGGAAUUAGAAGACAUGUUACAAAAAAUCAUUUGAUUGUGGAAAAUUUGAAACAAUGUCUGUUUGCCAAAGAUGAUGAAAAUGUAGAUGGUGUAAGCAAAAUUGCUGAAGCCAAAGAGGCGGCUAUCGUGUGCGGUGCUAAAGUGAUCAAAAACAUUCAUGAAAGGGCAGAUAACCCUGCAUUGCCGUUAAUUAAAUAUGAUAAGUACACGCCUUAUAGGGAAAAUGUUUCGAUAAGGUCGUAUAAACAUGAUGUUUUUACAAUAAAAUCGAUGAAAAUGACAUUGAACCGUUUGGACGAUAAACGUGUAAUUUUACCGAAUCGAAUAAACACUUGCGCUCAUGGUCAUUACCGACUAAGCAAACCGGAAUUUGAGAAGUAUUAA